AAACCAACCUUUCCCUCAGAGACCAAGAACAUGGCCGAACAAGCUUAUACACACUCUCCUUCUUUCUCUUUUCUUUCUCUCUCUCUCUCUAAAAACCACGAGACAAGUACGAAAAGGACUAUCUGAAAACCCUAGCUUUUUCUCAUCUGCAUUUUUUUUUUUUUUUUUAUUAAAAAGAUUGGUUCUUUAUAUUUUGGUAUAACUGCGGGUGUUUCUUGGAAUCGAAGCAUCGGAUUGUUCCGUGAUCUGGAAAAUCCCAAGUGAAAUGCGGUAUUGGAAGGAGGAGCGGAAACCCUAGGUCGCCAUUGAUGAAGCCAUUUCGUCGAUGCCAGAGGAUCCUCAUCCUCUCUCUGCUUUCGCUCUCUGUUUUCGCUCCAAUCCUCUUCGUCUCCCACAGGCUCAAGAAUCUCACCUAUACUGGGCGGAAGGAAUUCAUUGAAGAUUUAUCCAAUGUUAAAUACAGGGCUGAUACUUUGAAGCUUAGUGCUGUUGAGCAGGAAGCCGGUGAAGGUUUGAAAGAGCCCAGGAAAGUUUUGUAUGAAGAUAGGGAUGUAGUUUCUUCGGUUAGUUACAGUCUUGGUGAGAAUCAAGAUGGUAAGGAAUCUGGACAUGUUGGAGACAUUACUGAUACGGCGGAAAGAAUGGAAAAUGUUUCAGGAACCAAUAAUGAGAGCAAAGAAGGAGAUAUACAAUUUCAGCAGAGAGAAAUAUCAUCUGCAUCCGGUGAAAAGGGGCAAAUUAACCAAGCAUUGGUCCAACAUGAACAGAAUGAACAAUCUCAAUCAAGGAAAGUAAUAGAUCAGAGAAUAAAAGAGAUGAAAGAUGUAAAAUCAAAUCAUCCCGUUCAAAAAGUGAAUUCAAAUAUCCGGAGAGUAGCAGACAAGAUAAAUGAGAUGAAAGAUCAGAUGAUUAGAGCUAGAGCAUACAUGACUUUUGCACCACCUAAUUCACAGUUGGUGAAGGAGUUGAGACUGCGAACUAAAGAGGUGGAACGUGUGGUUGGUAGAACCCACAAGGAUUCUGAUUUAUCUCGGAGUGCUUUGCAGAAAAUGAGAAACUUGGAGGCCUCACUAUCCAAAGCCAGCCGUGCUUUCCCAGACUGCUCUGCAAUGGCCACAAAACUACGUUCUAUGACUCACAGUGCUGAAGAGCAAGUUGGGUUGCAGAAGAAGCAAGUCACAUUUCUUUAUCACCUUGCUGGAAGCACUACCCCGAAAGGUCUUCAUUGUCUUUCUAUGCAGCUGACUGCAGAGUACUUUGCUCUGGAUUCCGAGGAGAGGCAAUUUCCUAACCAACACAAGUUGCAUGAUCCACAGCUCUACCAUUAUGCUGUCUUCUCCGACAAUGUUCUGGCAUGUGCAGUGGUUGUAAACUCCACUGUUUCCACUGCCAUGGAACCAGAGAAGAUUGUUUUCCAUGUGGUGACUGAUUCACUCAAUUUUCCAGCAUUGUCAAUGUGGUUCUUAUUGAAUCCUCCUGGAAAAGCCACCAUCCAAGUCCAGAGCAUAGAGAGUUUUGAAUGGUUGUCGACCAAGUAUAAAAGACCAUUAAUUCAGAAGUCCACUGACCCUAGAUAUGCUUCUGAACUCAACCACCUCCGUUUCUAUCUGCCUGAUAUCUUCCCUGCACUGAAUAAGAUCGUGCUAUUUGACCAUGAUGUCGUUGUUCAAAGGGAUCUAUCUAGACUGUGGAGUGUUAAUAUGAAGGGGAAAGUCAAUGGUGCAGUUGAGACUUGCCGGGAUAAUGAACCAUCAUUUUUACAGAUGGAUACAUUUAUCAACUUCUCAGAUCCAUAUGUAGCAAAUAGGUUUGAUGUCAAUGCAUGCACAUGGGCAUUUGGCAUGAAUUUGUUCGAUCUUCAAAAUUGGAGGAGGCAUAAGCUAACUACUCUAUACCAUAAAUACAUGCAAUUGGGUUCUAAGAAGCCAUUGUGGGUGGCUGGGAGUUUGCCUUUAGGUUGGGUCACCUUCUAUAACCGGACAGUGGCUUUGGACAGGCGAUGGCAUGCUCUCGGGCUGGGUUAUGACUCUGGUGUGGUUCAGGGGGAUGUGGACCGAGCAGCAGUGAUACAUUAUGAUGGAAUUAUGAAGCCGUGGUUAGAUAUUGCGAUUGGGAGGUACAAGGGGUAUUGGAGCAAAUAUCUCAACUAUGAUCACUCUCAUCUGCAGCGGUGCAACAUUCAUGCGUAGUCAUCUACUGAAGUUGUGGGAUUAGCCACCCUGUACCACAUGAUUUGGAUGAUGGAACUGCAGUGGUUCACUCAAUUCAUUCUUUUAAAGAUUCUUCAAUGUAAAGUUCCUCCCCAUUCUUUCCCCAAUUUUUUCUGGGCCUAAAAUCUUCUAGGAGCUGAGCUGAGUCAAAGAUAUAGGAAUAAUCGGAUUUAAUAAGUGCCCCUGGGGAUUCUGUAUCAGUGGUCUGUGUAUGUACAUAACUUGUUCCAAUUCCCAUAAUCAUCUUUCAACGUAGGCAGA